UGGUGGUGGGUCUAUAGGGGCAGGGGGGUCCCUAUAGGAGCGGGGGGGGGGGCCAUGGCCUCGGUGCCCGUAUACUGCCUGUGCCGGCUGCCCUACGAUGUCACCCGCUUCAUGAUCGAGUGCGACGGCUGCCAGGACUGGUUCCAUGGCAGCUGCGUGGGGGUGGAGGAGGAGGCGGCGGCCGAGAUCGACCUCUACCACUGCCCCAAGUGCGAGGUGCUGCACGGCCCCUCCGUCAUGAAGCGCCGCCGCGGCCCCCCGAAGCCCCCGGAGGCGGAGCCGGGCCGCCCCGUCCGCACCGGCAGCGCCCAGUUCGUGCGGGAGCUGCGGGGCCGGACCUUCCCCAGCGCCGACGAGGUGCUGCUGCGCCCGAGCGGGGCCCAACUGACCGUCGAGUACCUGGAGGAGAAAACCUUCGGCGUCCCCAUCUUGGUGGCCCGGAAAGAGGGGCUGGGGAUGACGUUGCCCCCCCCGACCUUCACCCCUCGGGACGUGGAGCAUUACGUGGGGGCGGAGAAGGUGGUGGACGUCAUCGACGUGGGGCGCCAGGCCGACUGCCGCAUGAGGCUGGGGGACUUCGUGGCGUACCUGGGGGGGCCCCGGCGCGACCGCGUCCUCAACCUCAUCAGCCUGGAGUUCUCCGACACGCGCCUCUCCAACCUGGUGGAGACGCCGCGCAUCGUGCGGAAGCUCUCGUGGGUGGAGAACCUGUGGCCGGGGGAGUCGGCCUGCGAGCGCCCCAGCGUGCAGAAGUACUGCCUCAUGGGGGCCCGCGACAGCUACACCGACUUCCACAUCGACUUCGGGGGCACCUCCGUCUGGUACCACGUCCUGCGGGGCGAGAAGAUCUUCUACCUGGUGCGACCCACGGCGGCCAACCUGGCUUUAUUCGAGGCCUGGAGCAGCUCCCGAAACCAGGGCGAGCUUUUUUUCGGCGACCAAGUCGAUCGUUGCUACCGUUGCCCCCUCCGGCAAGGCCAGACCCUCUUCAUCCCCACCGGUUGGAUCCACGCCGUGCUGACCCCCGUCGACUGCUUGGCUUGGGGGAACUUCUUGCACAGCCUCAACAUCGACAUGCAGCUCAAGUGGGGUGUGCUGGGGGAGCACGAACACGAGAUCCCCGAAACCGUCCGGCCCGGGCAGCUCAUCAAGGAGCUGGCGAAGGAGAUACGGCUGGUGGAGGACCUCUUCCAGCAGAGCGCUGGGAAGUCGGGGUCCCCCUUCGGCCCCCCCCGGGGGGUCCCGCCCCCCCUCAAAGACCCCCCCCUCAAAAAGGGGGGGUCCCCGCAAGCCCCCACCAACCCUCGCCCCCCCGACGAGGGGGGGACCCCGAAACCCCCCCCGGCCCCCAAGAUGAGGAUGAAGAGCCCGACCCCCCCAGUUCCAGCCCUGAGGAGACAGACCCCGACUCGGAGGGGGACCCCCAAAUUCUGCUGGCCAAUGGCGGGGCGCGGUCCCGCCGGAGCGGCCCGGGGGGGCGUUGGGGGUCCCGUCCCCCCCCUUCCCCCCCCCCCAGCCCCCCCCUGGACCUGGACUCGGAGGAGGAUCUGCAAAUCGAUGAGACCCCCCCCCGCCGCGGCCCCCGCCGCCUCCCCCGGUGCCCCCUCCACCCUUGGGGACCCCCCAAAAUCUGCCUGCCCCCCCCCAGGGCUCCCCCGAAAACUCCCCCGCGCCAAACCCUGCUCGGACCCCAACCGGGUGCGGGAGCGAGAGGUUGACUUCGAUAUCGAGGAGGAUUACACGACGGAGGAAGAGGAGGGGGGCGCGGGGGGCAGCAGCGGCGGCAUCCUCGACCUGCUGAAGGCCAGCCGGCAAGUGGGGGGCUCGGAGUACCCCCAACUCAGCGAGGCCCCCGCCUCCCCCAGCACCCGCGAAGCCAUCCAAGGCAUGCUCUGCAUGGCCAACCUCCCAGCGGGGACCCCCUUGGGCCCCCCAAAUUGGUGGUCUGGGGGUUCGGGACCCGAUCGGGGGGGGGCCGGAAUAUCGGGGGGCCCCCGGCGCCCCCCCCCAGCCCGAAGCACCGACAGCGAGGACGAAGCCAGCAUGGACGAACAAGACAGUUUGGGGGCUUGCUUUAAAGACGCCGAAUACAUUUAUCCCUCGCUGGAGUCAGAUGAGGAUGACCCGGCUCUGAAAUCGCUCCCAAAAAAGAAGAAGGUCACGGACGACGCGCCCUGGAGCCCCAAAGCACGGGUCACCCCGACGCUGCCGCGGCAGAGCCGCCCCGUGCGGGAGGGGACGCGGGUGGCUUCGGUGGAGACGGGGCUGGCGGCCGCCGCCGCCAAACUGGCCCAGAGCACCGCAAGCUGCAGCGCAGGAAGGGCCCGGCCAAGCGCCGCCCCCCCGUCUCCCCCUUCCCCUGAGGAGGAAGAGGAGGAGGAAGAGGAAGAGGAAGACGAGGAGGACGAGGCGGAAGCGGAGGAAGAAGGGGAGCCCGAAGGGGACCCUGAAAGUGAGGUGGGCGGGGGGGGCGGGGGGGACGCGGAGCCCCCCCCGGAGCCCCCCUACCCCCCGAGUCUGGCGGAUCACGAGUACACGGCGCGGCCCGGGGGGCCGGCGGCCAUUUUCGGGGCGCCCCAACCCGGCCGAGCUCCCACCCCCAUGGCGCCCGGAGUCUUCCUCACCCAGCGCCGCCCCGCCCACGCCACGCCCGCCGCCGCCGCCCAGGGAAAACGCCCCAAAAAGGGGCUGGCGACAGCGAAGCAGCGCCUGGGCCGGAUCCUCAAGAUCCAUCGCAACGGGAAGCUGCUGCUCUGAGGGUGGGGUGGGCGGGGCUUGUCGCUGGCCACGCCCAUGGGGCGGGGCCAGCACCAAGCCACACCCCCUUCACCCCCCAACCCCAUUCCAUCAGGCUCUCUGGAGCAGGGGAGGGGCGUGGCUAAGUGGGGCCAUGCCCGUGAGGGGGUGUGUCCACCACAAGCCACGCCCCCGCCUUGAUUCCCUGGAGGAGUGUUGGCUUCAGUUGGCUACGCCCCCCCGUGCGGAGCCCCGCCCACCUGCAGGGAAAAGACUGGUGGGAGGGGUGUGACCAAGGCGAGGCCACGCCCACCAUGGGGCUUCCCCACCAAAAAGGGGCGGAGCUGCCGGCGGGACACACCCCUAUUGGCUGCUGCCAUGCCAGGGGCGGGACUUUCCCAUUGGACGCUGUCAAGAGAGGAGGGGAUUGGAGGAGCCAGGCCUGCCCCACCCGGACUGCAGAAGGGGCGGGGCUUCCUCUGAUUGGUCCCCACUGGAGUUUGGUUUUUUCUUACCCCUCCCUCACGUGUCUUCAGGUUGAUUGACGGGGGGCGGGGCUGCUUCCCAUUGGCUGCCCCCGGUUUUGUAGGCGUGUCCGGAGGCUGCGGCCCCGCCCCCACUUUUGUAUUUGUUAGAAUAAAAAAAACACAACCAAAAAA